AUGGUGAAACGAAAACGGAAUUGGACCGGUGAGGAGUCGGAAACCUUGCCGUCUUCACAUCAUGGACCGGACACCAAGGAGCUGGCGGUGCUUGAUGUUUUGCCGGGGAUUACCCGGAAGAUCACAGCUUGCGGAGCCUGCAGGAAACAGAAGAUCAAAUGUGACAUGAGUAAUGGACCUCCAUGCACUCGGUGUCGUCGUCGCGAUUUGUCUUGUGUUUUGAAUAAGAGCCUCCAGUCAUUGGUCGAAGAAGUCAAGAACACAGAGGUGUUACAAAGCGAUAUAUCAGGCCUACACGAAACCCUGGAGACUAUUUGCCAACACCUCAAUUUACCGCGACCAAAACCCCUGUUGUCUAGCGGCGAAGCGAUAGAGGCCGAUGGCAAAUCCGGCGAAAAUGACGACUUAGAGCGAGAUAAUGAAGAUCUGGAUGGAUGUGAGAUCUCCCCACCGGAUACCCCAUCUGCGGUUCAGGCCCCCAUCGAUACAUAUCUGGAUAUUGCCAAACUGGGAAGCCCAGGAUCAUCAGAGAAUACUCCACCGAGUACGACAAAACACCGACAGCACUCCACACCGCAAGACCUUGUUAGCAAAGGGGUGAUAAGCUCAGCGGUGGCAGAGACUUUGGUUGAGAGAUAUCUCGCUCGGCUAGAUCCAUAUCUCUAUGGGAUAUGCAGUGGAUACCGAGAUGUUCAACAAUUACGGGCAACAUCGCCUGUGCUAUUUGCUGCAAUAUGCACAGUCUCUGCACUGCAAGACCCUCAAGGGCAACGCAUAUAUGAAGCCUGCAAUCGUGAAUUCCGCCGCCUCGUGUCGCGGUCGCUUUUUGAGAAGCACGACCUAGAACACGUUCGAGCGCUCUGCAUUAGCUCUUUCUGGCUUUCGGAUGCGUCAAGGAUCUUAUCGAGUGAUGCUAUCCGACGAGCGGCAGAUAUGCGUCUACAUCGUAGCUUCGAGCAUCUGUCAGUCCCGAUGGAUCCCCGGCUGAUACCAGGGGGUCAUGGUGGUCCCCAAUCCAUCCACGACACGACGAUAUUGCAAGACCGUGUCAGGCUUUGGUAUCUCACAUUCAUAUCUGACCAACACCUGUCUAUUCUGCAUAACCGUGACCCGCUCUUGCGCAGUGACAAGGAAAUUGCCUUGAGUUGGGAAACUUUCCUUGCUCGGGAGGACACAACAGACUGCGAUGUUCGCAUUAUAUCGCAAGUCGCCCUGCUUGUUAUCAUGAGCCAAGUUCGUGAUCUGCUAGGAUCUGAUCAAGGGUCUCGUGUCCCACAAUCUUUGUCAAAUCAGAUUAUUCACUAUUCUCGCCAGUUGGAUCGUUGGUUCGCCAAGUUCUCGGCUCUAUUUAAACCAGAUCCCUACAUUGGGGAUUUCCCCAAACGUGGUCUUCAAUUGCACUACCAUUUCGGAAAGCUUUAUCUUGGUCAUCAAGUGUUCAAAGGAUUGAAUGGCGAACUGAUACCACCUCACUUCUUGACUGCAGCCGGCAUGGCCCACGAAGCCGCCGUAGCGAUUUUCGAGAUGAUCCUACAUGAAGAUUUACAAUCAAGUCUGAUUGGUAUGCCGCAUUAUUUCCACAUAAUGAUUGCGUUUGCAGGUCACUUUUUGCUAGAAGUGACGCAGAAUUAUCAUACCCAGUUGUCUAUCGACCAAACCCAGAAUUUCGAGUUGAUCCAGAAGGUGCUGGAAUUGUUCCAGGAUAUACCGGCAGUUCAACAGCACCCUAUAUGCAGGAUGACACCCGGAUUAAGUCGGAAGUUGCGAGAGAGUGUAGGUGUUCUGCAAGGAAGCAAUGGACAUAUGCUUCAGUCGUUAGGGGCACCAACCGGUGCAAUGGAUUAUACCGCAAACUCCCUUCAGAUGCCACCACCAUCAGGCCCAUUCUCGUUCUCUGAAGAUUCGCUUGUUACGUCUGGGGAUGACUUCUUGCUUGCAGAUUUUGGAGAGUUCAAUUUUGCUGGAAUGUUGUCGAACGGAAUGAGUUGA